UGGUCUCUGAGUCACAGCAUUCUACAAUGCUGAGAGCAGAUAGGCUGGCUCAAACCGUCUGUUUACAGAUGAGAAGGCUGCGGCCCAGAGAAGUUAGCUGACUUGCCAAAGGUUGCACAGGGAAAGGAUGGAGAACUGCAUAGUUAGGGUCAACAUCUGAUUCCUGGUCCAGGCUUCUGCCCACACCUUCCCUCCUUUCCCCACAUCCUGGCUGCCUGAGGCAUAGGGUUGGUCCAGGGAAGAAUUGGGAGGUAACUUAGUGAGUAAUAUCAGCAAGGGACCUGGCCCUCCCUUCAGUGCCAUCCCCUUGGGGUUCUGGCCUCUGUCAUUUACUGAGGUUCUGGCUUCUGACAUUUACUGAGCCAGGUACUGUUCCAAGCCCCUCACCAUGCCAUCUCAUUGGCUCUCCCCACCUCCUCCACCCUAUGAAAUCGUUAGCCCAUUUUACAGAUAACUAUCCCAACACUCGUGGCAUGGAGCUGUCCAGCAGUGGCCUAGGCCCCACACUGCAGUGAGCAGUAUGUAUGUGUGUGUGUGUGUGUGUGUGUGUGUGUGUGUGUGUAUAUAUAUCUCCAUUUAAUCCUCACAACAACCCCACCGGGUCAGUUAAUAUUGUUCCUGUUUCACAGAUGAGGAAACUGGCUCAGAGAGUGAAGGUGACUUCUUCACAGCCACACAGCAUUAAGUGGCGCAGUUGGGCACUUCUGGACACCAGUACCAUCCUGUUGCAGUGAAGACUUGCUGCACAGGAGUGAAGUUCUAUGUGGCAUUUCUGGGCAACUUUAGGAGGGACUUUUUUGCAUGCAUGGGUCAGUGGGGAAGACUUUUGUACCCUCCCAGGUGUGACUCAUCUUCUGAUUGUGCUUCUCAGCAUUGGAACUGGGCUGAAGGUGAACUGGGCUGAAGGCGUCCUGCCUCUGCGGCUCUGCCCCCUGCAUCCUGUGCAGCUGCUGCCCUGCCAGUCGCAACUCCACCGUGAGCCGCCUCAUCUUCACGUUCUUCCUCUUCCUGGGGGUGCUGGUGUGCAUCAUUAUGCUGAGCCCAGGCGUGGAGAGUCAGCUCUACAAGCUGCCCUGGGUGUGUGAGGAGGGGGCUGGGAUCCCCACCGUCCUGCAGGGCCACAUCGACUGUGGCUCCCUGCUUGGCUACCGCGCUGUCUACCGCAUGUGCUUCGCCACGGCAGCCUUCUUCUUCUUUUUCACCCUGGUCAUGCUCUGCGUGAGCAGCAGCCGGGACCCCCGGGCUGCCAUCCAGAAUGGGUUUUGGUUCUUUAAGUUCCUGAUCCUGGUGGGCCUCACCGUGGGUGCCUUCUACAUCCCUGACGGCUCCUUCUCCAACAUCUGGUUCUACUUUGGCGUCGUGGGCUCCUUCCUCUUCAUCCUCAUCCAGCUGGUGCUGCUCAUCGACUUUGCACACUCCUGGAACCAGCGGUGGCUGGGCAAGGCUGAGGAGUGCGACUCCCGCGCCUGGUACGCAGGCCUCCUCUUCUUCACUCUCCUCUUCUACUUGCUGUCGAUCGCGGCCGUGGUGCUGAUGUUCAUCUACUACACUAAGCCCAGCGGCUGCCACGAGGGCAAGGUCUUCAUCAGUCUCAACCUCACCUUCUGUGUCUGCGUGUCCAUUGCUGCUGUCCUGCCCAAGGUCCAGGACGCCCAGCCCAACUCGGGUCUGCUGCAGGCCUCAGUCAUCACCCUCUAUACCAUGUUUGUCACCUGGUCAGCCCUAUCCAGUGUCCCUGAACAGAAAUGCAACCCCCACUUGCCAACCCAGCUGGGCAAUGAGACGGUCAUGGCAGGCCCUGAGGGCUAUGAGACCCAGUGGUGGGAUGCCCCGAGCAUUGUGGGCCUCAUCAUCUUCCUCCUGUGCACCCUCUUCAUCAGUCUGCGCUCCUCAGACCACCGGCAGGUGAACAGCCUGAUGCAGACUGAGGAGGGCCCACCUAUGCUAGAGGCCACACAGCAGCAGCAGCAGCAGGUGGCAGCCUGUGAGGGCCGGGCCUUUGACAACGAGCAGGAUGGCGUCACCUACAGCUACUCCUUCUUCCACUUCUGCCUGGUGCUGGCCUCACUGCACAUCAUGAUGACGCUCACCAACUGGUACAAGCCGGGCGAGACCCGGAAGAUGAUCAGCACGUGGACCGCCGUGUGGGUGAAGAUCUGUGCCAGCUGGGCGGGGCUGCUCCUCUACCUGUGGACCCUGGUAGCCCCACUCCUCCUGCGCAACCGCGACUUCAGUUGAGGCAGCCUCACAGCCUGCCACCUGGUGCCUCCUGCCACCUGGUGCCUCUUGGCUCAGUGACAGCCAACCUGCCCCCUCCCUGCACCAAUCAGCCAGGCUGAGCCCCGACUCCUGCCCCAGCUCCAGGACCUGCCCCUGAGCCAGGCCCUCUAGUCUUAGUGCCUUCAGGGUCCAAGGAGCCCCAUCCCCCUGCCACACCCACGUGGUGGAGCUGCCUCUUCCUUCCCCUCCCCGCUGUGGCCCAUACUCAGCAUCUCGGGAUGAAAGGGCUCCCUUGUCCUCAGGCUCCAUGGGAGCCAGGCUGCUGGAGACAGCCGCUCAGAGCCGCUGGAGGGCAGAGAGCUCCCACCACAGUGAGGCAUCCGGCACUGAGGCCAUGGUGUUCCUGGUCACAUCCCCCAGGGGACCCUGCCCCCUUCCUGGACUUCGUGCCUUACUGUGUCUCUAAGACUUUGACUAAUAAACAAGCCAGUGCAUGUACCA